UCUUCAUUGUUUUGAAAUAAACGAUCGUUUGGAUCCUAAUGAUAAUAUCAGCUAUCAAAUUGACAAAUACUUUUAAGUAGUGUUUUUUAGCAUAUUUUUGAAUGACCUGAUCGAAAAUGGCCCCAGUAAAUAAAGUCAGGACCUACGGCCGAUCUAAUAACUCUGUGAUGAAUAAUUCCGUCAAUGCCUUCAAUGAACUUUUUGCUAAAAAUAUUACAAAGCGUUUGAUAGGCAAGAACAGCAAGAACAGGAAAAACCACCAUAUUUUUAUAAAGGAACUGCCACCUAGAUCUACAUGUGGAACACUUCUAGCUAAUGAUUCUCUAGAAAUUUCUACUGAAGACACAUUUGAUAAGUUACUGAGAAAAAAUAAAAAGGAAGUAGCCAAACCAGACAUUAAUAUUAGUAAAUGCAAUACUUCAAAAUCACUUGAGAAUGCAAUGAAGUCAGAGAGUUCUUUCACUCAAAUAAGUACAUUCUAUUCACCUAUUAUGACUAGGAAAAGAAAAAAAGGUGCUAGUAUUACUGAGAUGAACAGUAAACAACUUAUGAUGACAGAUAAGAGUAAGGGUUCAUCUAAUCCCUACCUUUAUCGCUUGAAUGCACCUACUAUAGAUGGGAUUGAUGUGAGUUUGGAGAUUGAAAAGGUUCAAGAACAGAAAUUUGAAAAGUCUUCAAGCUUCCUAGUGCUAUCAGCCAAACCUAAAGACCACACUCAUGCAAACAUUUCCAUAAAUAAUAUAUUCACCAGGACAUUUCGUGAAAGACAAUUCAUACACAGUAGUACCCCUGUAGCAUCUCAAAAAUUUCAGAAAAAAAUAAUCAACCAUACAAUUUCACCCAUUAAAAAUUUGAGUUGCUUGGUAAAGGAAUCCUUUGAGGAAAUCAAAAGAUGGGAAAGUAAGUUUCCUUCAGUAGAUGAACCAAAUGACUGUUCUGAUAAAUGCCCAACGCCCAGAAAAACAAUGAAUAGGUCAGUUAAAAUAAGUUCUCCAGAAAGCUCUAAUCAUUUUCUUGGAUUUUCCAAAAUAGAACAGCAGUGUGGAAAUAUCAAGGGCACUGAAGAUGAAAGUUCAAAAAAUGGUACCUCUAGCUCAUACUGUUCUGGAUUUUCCAAAAUAGAUCAGAGUAAAAAUAUUAAAAGGAUUGAGGAUGAGAAUUCCAAAAAUGAUAUUUGUGACUCUAAGAAUAAUAUGAAUUUUAUAACUUUGAGAAGGAGACAAAUUCCAAAAUUGGAUGUAGAGAAGAUGAGAGGUAGAUCUAGAAGGAAAAAAACAUUACCAGAUGAUAACUGUGUUGUUAGCUUGGAUAACUUCAAUUCAUUUGAAGCUGAAAUAAAUACCAGUGCUAAUUCAAAAAAUACUGACAGUACUAUGGACCAGUCAAGUUACAUAAGAGCUGGACAAAAAAGGAUUUUUCCAGUGAAAGAAUCUCAAAUAAGUACUGAAUCUCAGAUCAAUUAUUCAGAACAGAAAAGUUUGGUGGUUAGUUUGGACACAUUUACUACUUUUGAGACUCACAAUAAUCCUAGUGAUUCUAAACACUUUCACUCCAUAAAUGCAGAGAAAUUGCAGGAGGAAGUAUUAGAGCCACCUUUGAAUUUCUUCACCAAAAGGCGAAAAAGAUUAUCAGAAAAUGACUUGUUGCACAAUGUAACCAAGUCUAAAAGAUGCAGAUCUGCUAGAUCCUUAAAUUUUUCAGAAGCACAGUAUAAUACUGAUGAUGACACUUUCAGGAUGUCCAGAGAUAUGAUUGUUAAUGUAACAAGACUACAAAAAGUGAACAAUACAGAGUCUGGAGGAUUGAGCUUAUUUGAUUUUGAAAACUUUUAUUCUAGAAAUAACUCCAGGAAUAACAUCCUCAGAUAUAAAUCAGCCAAUGACACUGUUGGAAGUACAUCUAUAAUCAGUACUGUCCAAGAAAGAAAAACCCUUGUGGUGAAUGUAACAAGAAGAGAUGAAAUCAAUUCUGUAGAUUUUGAAAAUUUUUAUGAGAAAAACAUUUUGAUGGAAAAGUUAAACUGUGAUAAUGAACUAACCAAUCAUGAAGAUGGGAAAGAACUAGGGGUGAAUGUAUCAAUAAGAAGAGGUUUUAGUGAGUCAGUUGAUAAGGACACAAAAAAAGAGCUGAUUGUCAAUGUCACUCAAAAUAUUUUUGAGGAUUUUUACACUAAAAACUAUAGUUCUGAUCACAAUACAGAUGCCUCUGGUGCCACAGAGAGUUCAGAGGAAAUUUCAUCUAAUUUCUUGUAUGAUGAUGGUAAAAACCACUACAGUACUUCAAUAAUUGAAAGUUCUUAUGUGGAACCAGAUAGAAAAAUAAACAAAAUCUCUUCACAUUUACAAGUUACCAAAUCCAGAAGCAAAAAAGUUGAUCAGACUGUACCAGAUUUGAUGAAUUUCAGUACAAAUGAUGACUCAGAUAAUACCCAUAAAGAGAUAUCUUAUAUAGACUUGACUGAUAGUUUGGAUGAACUAGUUAACCCUACACUGCCAAAAACUCCUGAUUCAUCUAAUAUUAUAGAAAGUUCCAUUCUGGAAUCUAGUCAAAAAGAUAAUGAUGGUUUUAAAGUUCCAAUGGUUUUGAAUACCAGAAAAGGUCCUACAAAGAAAGUUUUACUCAAAGCUGGAAAAAGUUGGAGACGGUCAUUAUCAAAUCACAAAAAGAGCAGUGUUUUACUGGGCUCCAUUAAUGAAGAAAAGAGCAUAUUGGAAAAUGAUACAAUUGCUGGACCAAGUGAUCAAAUUCUAAACAAAAGGUUUUCAAUCAAAAUUGUACCAAUUGAAACAUCAUCAAUUUUGAGAAAUAAAAGAAGGACUACACUUCUUGAAGAAUAUGCUGUCAAUACUACCAGUUAUGUGCCAGGUCAAAAAAUACUCGAAGAUAAUUUGGAAAAUAGCCUUAGAUGUUUAUCGUUAAGGAGAAGUACCACCCUAGUUCAAGAAUCGUUGCCUGUUACUGCUAGAGAAGUUGUUUUGAGAAGAUGUGGUCAGACAGAACCAAUACCGUUUUCAAAAUGCUAUCCACAAAGUGCUCUUCAUCAUUGCCAGAAAAUCGGCGAGGGGGUCUAUGGGGAGGUUUUCCUCUACAGGAACCCUGCUGGAGGUACCUCUGUAAUGAAAGUAAUACCUAUAGAAGGAGACCAAAUAGUUAAUGGUGAAAGACAGAAAAAGUUUGAUGAAAUUCUUUCUGAAGUUGUCAUAGCCAUGGAGCUGAGCAACCUUCGGAACAACAAGAAAAACGCCACGUCGUCCUUUUCUCUGGUACAAAACAUCCAUUGCGUGCGCGGCCACUAUCCCGAGAAACUCCUCGACCUGUGGGAGCUGUUCGAAGAGACGCGCGGCUCGGAAAACGAUUGCCCCGAUUUGUUCGGCGACGACCAGCUUUACAUCGUGCUCGAAUUAGAGAACGCCGGCAGCGACUUGGAGGCGUUUGUCUUCAAUAACGCGCUGCAAGCCUACUCGAUGUUCAAGCAGGUGGCGUUCGGGUUGGCCGUGGCAGAGGAGGAAUUGAGGUUCGAGCACAGGGACUUGCACUGGGGCAACGUACUACUGAACACCGUCGACAGGAACGACACCGUGGAAUUCUCCCUGGACGGGGAGAAGUACAGGUUUCCGAGCAAGGGCGUGCAGGCGACCAUCAUCGAUUUCACGCUGUCGCGCAUCGAGUACGACGGCGUCGUCAUCUUCAACGAUCUGGGCACGGAUCCUGACCUGUUCACCGCCGAAGGGGACUACCAGUUCCAGAUAUACAGGGCGAUGCAAAAGAGGAACAGGAAUAAUUGGCAAGGAUUUGAACCAUACUCCAAUCUAUUAUGGCUUCAUUACAUCCUGGAUAAAGCUGUCACUGCCUUGAGGUACAAAAAUACAGGUUCUAAAAUCCACAAAGAGAAUUUAUUAAAGAUGACACAGCUCAGCAAGGAGAUAUUGACCUAUAAGAGUGUCAAAGAUUUCGUUUUGAAUUCUCCAUUGUAAAGUCCCAUAUCGUUUUAUUCUUUACUUUUUGGUGUUUCUACAGUUGAAGUAUUUUUAUUAAUUGUGUUCUCUUAUCCAAAAGUUUACUUGUUUAUACAGUCCAAUGUUUAUAUACAAUUUUUGGUGCAAAAUUGAUUUCCUUUGUCUGCAAGCAUAAAUAAAUUUUAUGUUCAUAGCUAAGAUUUAUUUGAAAUGUUUGAUACACUUUUUAGAUGAUUAAAAACUUGAAUACAUUUUUGAUACAUUUGUUCUAAAGUUCCGAAAAAGAGUUUGCUGACUUGAAUGUGAGUCAUCUCUUGCAGUGAAUUUGUAUUUAUCAUCCGAUGUUUUUAUGAAACCCUGGAUUAUUUACACUGAAGAGAAGAUCCACCUCCGUGUAAAAUGUUGAAGCCUAAUUUGGCUGUUUCCUAGGUGGCGCUAGUGAAACUCCAUCUAUCUGCAAGUUGCUGAAAUAU